UCUUGUGCCGCGAGAAACGCGAGAGAGCGAUCGAGAUAGGAGUGACAAAGAGAGAAAAAUCGAGUAGAUAGAUACGCGGGCUCACACGCGCGCGCGCGGUAUUUUGAUCCGACGCACAGCGCACGUCGCCUAUUUCGAUAAAGUGAGUAACAAUCGACGAGUGUGUGGCCCACCCUAUAUAUACCAGUAUACAUGCUUCGUUGGAGAACCCCAACGUACGGACGCCGCGUGAUCGCCUCCGAGCCGGGAUACUCUUGUUGUUCCGAUCGGUGAUAAAGACCAGAGGAUUCAUUUAGAUCAGUGCUUAUUCGAGGCGCGCACGACACGCCAGAAGAGAAGAGAAGAGAAGAAUGACAUAAGUAUUUUAGUGCGCUCAGUUUGUGAUCCAUCUUCGAGAUAAAUAUAUAUGAAAAAAAAAUCCCUACUCAUCCGUUGUUUGCUGUUUGUUGUUUGUUCAGUUGAGUGCGCGCGUUAUUUCAUAUGAAGUGUGAUUCGUUUUCUCAAGAUUCAUCCUCGUCGGCGCGAUACCCUUGAAGUUGUCGUCGUCAUCUUCAUUCUUGUCAGCGCCUCCUCCCCUCAAGAUCGAACGAUUAUGUCUACCACGAGCUUACAUCGUCACUCGAUCAGCCUCGAAAGCGACUUUCCGACAAAAAUCAACCCCAAGGAAAACCGAGUCGCAAAGACGCGCUACUCUAACGAGGCUCAAAGUGGAUCGUGAGAGAGUUACACGAGGCUGAAUACAUCGAGCAAGAAGAGUAGAAAAAAAGAAAAACCCAAAACAAAAGCAAAACAAAAUAUUAAAGAUUGUAUAGAAGCUGUAGAAUAUCACAUUACGUAAUUUAGCACAUUCUCCGUCGCAAGAAAAUAAACUCUAUUACAUAUUAACUGCAAUUUAUUCGUCGUAGAGCUAAUUAUAAACAAUUAAUAAUAAUAGUUAUGUAAUUAUCGCAAAGGUUUUUUUUUGAAAUUAAGGAUACAUGCUCAUCUGAUGACUGUGACUAUACGUAGUUUUCAAGAGAUUUUUCUAUAAGUGCGUAUACCUAGAGUAAUUACGAUACUGAUAAGAUUAUUAGAUUUAUAUACGUCACUAAAUUAUAAAACGCCAUGGACUUGCUGCAAUAACGGAAGCGAAUCAUUUUCGACAUUUACAAGAUAUGUAAUUAAACUUCAAGGUUUAUUGUUACUGCUAUUUUCACGAUCUAUUGUAUGAAAGAAAAGAAGAACGAUUCGAAAAAAAUAGAUUGGAAUAUCUCGUUACUCGAGACUGCGAUAGAAGGAACAAGAUCUUGGACAAAGUGAAAGAUAUAAAUAAAAGAAAAAAUAUAAGGAAAGGAAGCAAAAAAUAGCGCGCCAGAGUGAGAGAGAGUGAGAACGAAUGGAUAGUAAGUGCCUCGAAGCGCGAUGAUCGCUUUCUACUCAAGGAAUAAUUCGAGCACAGAACGACGAAGACCAGCAGUAGCAGAAACAGAAGCAGCGUUGAGAAAAAAGAUAUCGCAGGUAAAAAGAACGAUUCGGCUCGAUGCGCCGCGCAGCUUCGCCCAGCGAAGGAGACCCCGAGAAAAACGACAAGCGUAAUCGUGAUGAGGUCGUCGGCGAGGGGCCAACGCCAUCGUCAUCGCAAGCCUCCACCACCGCCGUUGUCGUCGUCACCUGAUCCGCAAUGACAUCGCGGAGAGCCGCUGGGCCCGGGGAGCAGCCUCCGGUCCAGAGUAGCGGCAAAUCAGAGCAGCAGCAGCAGCAGACAGCAGGGGACCAGCCUCAAGCUAGUAGCAGCAGACAAGAUCUGCCUCCUCCUGUGCCCCCCAGGACGCCGCAGGUGAGGCAGCAGCAGAGGAGACCGGCGCCACCAGUGCCCACAGCGGCAGCAGCAGCAGCUGCAGCUGGAGUCUCGAGAACCCCGCCACCCGUGCCCGCCAGGCCUUCGCCGGCCAAAAUACCCAAGGCUGCGCCGGUGGCCGUGCAGGAGGACAGCGACAGCGUCUUUGGCGAGGAUGAGCGCAGCCAUGAUAUCUGCAUGUCGAUCGAGCUGCCGGAGGUGCCACGUUUGCCGAGUAGUAGUGACAUUUUGGUCGAGCAGCAGCAGCAGCAGCAGCAGCAACAAGAUACAAGCACGACCAGCGACGACGACGACGACGACGACGAUCCUCCGACUGUGCUAUUUGCCAAGUGCGGUAGAUCGGCCAGCCGUCAAAGAAGCGACGACGACGAUGACGAUAACGAAAAUGUCAGAGACUUGGUCGAGGAGGAAGUCGUCGACGGCCACGAUGAGCCCGGCACGAGCAGAGCUUGGGCCUCGAGAGGAGGGACGCAGCGAGGAGCUUCUCAGAGGCUCAGGCCACCACUGGCCGGAACCGCAGGUGUGUCGGCGGACUCGGGCACCGGUGGUGACACGGGCAGCACCGAGGUGCCUUGCGACGCUGCCACCCAUCAACAACAGGCCGACGCCAGCGGUGGUGGUGGUGGCGGCGAUCCUCGAGCCGCCGCCGACGACGAGGAGCCCGACGACGACGAGGCCGACGAGGUAGCCGACGACGAGCUCGCCCGAAAUCUCGACGAGCAGAUACUCCGAGGUCUGCGUCGCAGACGCGGCCCCAACGGCGACGAGUUCUACGACGAGUACGACGACAACGACGGCGAGCUCGUCACCCCGGACUCGGUGGUGCGGAUGCCAGCGGGCACCAGUGCGACGACCCACGCGGCAGCCGCGAAAACCGCCAAGCAGCAGGUGAAGCCGUUCACGAAGGACAGCCGCGACCGCCAGGGCAGCAGGCACGUGCAGCUGGUGCGCGACUACGGCUUCCAGCCGAAGCGCAAGACCUCCGUGGAGGACGGCGGCGUGCUGCCCAACAAGUUCGAGCCCUUCCCCGGCAACCUCUACAAUCGGCCGCUCGAGGAGAUCGACAGUUUCAUCUACGACGAGACGUUCUGCGUGGUAUCGAAGAGGUUUCGCAAGAAUUACAUUCAUCGUUUCACCGCCACGAAGAGCUGGUUCAUCUUCUCGCCGUGGAACCCGAUACGACGCUGCUGCAUCUUCCUUAGCACGAAUCAACUCUUCGAUUACGUGGUCAUGUUCACGAUACUAGUAAAUUGCGUCUUCCUAGCCAGGACUGAGACUGCCGAAGAAUUCGAAUAUAUCUUCCUAGCCAUCUACACGGCAGAAAUGGUGAUAAAGUCCAUAGCGAAAGGAUUCAUACUUAACAAAUAUACGUAUUUAAGAAAUCCAUGGAAUUGGCUGGACUUCGUUGUGAUAACAAGCGGUUACGCGACCAUCGGCAUGGAGGUCGGUAAUCUCGCUGGUCUCAGGACGUUCAGGGUACUGAGAGCCCUUAAGACUGUUUCAAUAUUGCCAGGGUUAAAGACCAUCAUCAACGCGCUGCUGCACAGCUUCAAGCAGCUCGCCGAGGUAAUGACUCUGACGAUAUUCUGCCUCAUGGUGUUCGCCCUGUUCGCCCUGCAGGUCUACAUGGGCGAGCUGAGGAACAAGUGCGUCAAGCAGAUCGAGCCCAACGCCACCGACAUCGAUUGGAGAGAGUGGACUUGGAACUCGUCCAAUUGGGCAUUCAACGAAGACGAGGAGCCCAUAAUCUGCGGAAACGUCACCGGCGCCAGACAUUGCAACGAGAGCUACACGUGUCUGUGCGUCGGACCGAAUCCGAAUCACGGAUACACUAAUUUCGACAAUUUUUUGUGGUCCAUGCUGACCACUUUUCAGCUUAUUACCCUCGACUAUUGGGAGGACGUUUAUAACAAGGUGCUGUCGGCGUGCGGUCCCAUAAGCGUGACAUUUUUCACAGUCGUCGUUUUCUUUGGCUCGUUCUACCUCAUUAACCUAAUGCUCGCCGUCGUGGCGCUGAGUUACGAGGAGGAGGCUGAAAUCACAAAUGAGGAAAGACGAAAGGAUCUGACGGAUCAUCGCGAGGACUCGACGUUCAGCUUCGAUCCGAGCAAGAUCAACAUCAAGACGCUGACGAAGGAAAAGCAGAAGAAGAUCGACGCGCGCAAAGGGGUGCUGCUGAGCAGCUACUCGCGCAAACGCACGAGACGGAGAAAACGGGGCAGGAGCACGGUCGGACACGAAAAAAAUAACGACAAUCGCAGCAGGUCUGUAACGCCAAGUCCAAGCCCGAGUCCUCGACACUCGAGCGUCCGGCCGUCUCAUCUGCCGCUCCAAUCGGUCCUUCAGCAGCAACACCAGCAGCACAUCGCGGCCGAAGCGGAAGCCGAGGCCGCGAGUCAACGAUCUCGUCAGCGUCGACAACAGCAGCAACAGCAACAACAGCAACAACCAGAACAGCAACAGCAACAGCCUCAACAGCAGCAACCGCGACAGGCAGCAGCACCAGCGGCAGCCCCGGCAGUGGCCAGGGAAAACGUCGUGCAACAUCGACUAGCGCCCCGUAACAUGCUUCAAUCGCGCCAAGCCAGCAACAACAGCAAUCAGCAGUCGUCGAUGGACGACUCCGGCGUGGUGGACGAUCACGACGGCGACGACGUCACCUCCGCGGAGGAGCACGAGCGUCGCGAUCCCAGCCAGCAACGCGAGCACCGGCUCCAGGAGCGACAUCAUCUCGACAGCAAACGCGGCGGCAAACAUCAGGCCGCCACCGCCGCCACGGCCGCGGCGCAACAUCAUCAUCAGCUGCACCAUCACCACGGCGAUCACCAGAUGCUGCAGCAGCGUCCGCAGGAGCUCCCAGCCCCGUUGCCCGUCACCGUCUCGGUGAGGACGUCGAAUCGCGAGAUACGCGUGCUCAAGUACAACGGGAUGAAGAGCAAGAAGCAGCACCUGUACGAGCUGCCGCCGGAGUAUCUGUCGCACAUGGUCGUACUGGAUCUGCCGGACAGGAACUGCGACAAGUGCAUACAGUGCUGCGUCGAUUACGAGAGGUGGCUGCGCUUUCAAAACUGUUUGUACAAGGUCGUCAGGGAUCCGCUGUUCGAGCUCACGAUAACGCUGUGCAUCGUCCUCAACACGGGCUUCCUGGCCAUGGAGCAUCACGGCAUGAGCGAGUCCAUACGCUCGGCCCUCAACAUCGGCAACAAAGUCUUCACAUCCGUCUUCACGUUCGAGUGCUGCCUCAAACUGCUGGCCCUCAGCAAGGACUUCUUCAACAACGGCUGGAACAACUUCGAUCUCAUCAUCGUCUCGGCGUCGCUCAUCGAUCUGGCUUUCGAGCUGGUCGACGGUCUCUCGGUCAUCCGAGGACUGCGUCUGCUGCGAGUCCUCAAGCUGGCCCAGUCCUGGACCACGAUGAAGGUCCUGCUGAGCAUCAUCAUCUCGAGCAUCGGUGCCCUCGGUAAUCUGACCUUCGUCCUCGUCAUCGUCAUCUACAUAUUCGCCGUGAUAGGCAUGCAGCUCUUCAGCAAGGACUACACCCUGGACAAGUUCGAGCCCGACCCGGUGCCACGCUGGAACUUCAACGACUUCUUUCACUCGUUCAUGAUGAUAUUUCGCAUCCUGUGCGGCGAGUGGAUCGAGCCACUCUGGGACUGCAUGAGGGCCGAGCGCGACGAGGGUCCCGGCACGUGUUUCGCCAUAUUCCUGCCGGCACUAGUGAUGGGCAAUUUCAUGGUGCUCAACCUCUUCUUGGCCUUGUUGCUCAACAGUUUCAAUUCCGAGGAGCUGAAGCAGAAGAAGGAGGAGGUCGGCGAGGAGUCGAAGCUCGCCCGCUCGUUCGACCGCAUCCGCUCGAUCGUGCGCAAAAAGAAGUACAAGAAGGAGGACUCGGAGAACGAGAAAAACAACAAGCUCGAGCAGAUCGUGCGCGAGGUCAUCGACAAGUCCGAGAAAGACAAGUACGCGAUACAGGAGACGGUGCUGAGCCUGCCGAAGGAUCGUCCGAGCUACGAGCCGAUCUAUCGUCAGCCGGCGCCGAUCUACGAGGACACCACGACGGCGAGCGUGACGAUGACGAGCGGCGACCGCGAGAAGGAACAGCUGAGACUCGAGGACGAGGCCAAGGAGCAACAGCAACAGCAGCAGACAACGGUCGUCGUUGGUAAAGCCGAGACCAUCGAAAUGAGCGUGUUCAAGGACGCCAGCAGCAAAGCCGAGGAGGCCGCGGCUUCGGCCAACAACAACGAGCUGCUCGCCGCCGAGAGCGAAGUUCAGCAGCAGCAGCAGCAGCACGCGGCCAAAUCUCCGGCCAAGAAGCAGCGGCCGUGGCACACGCUCGUUAGUUACGUCGACGAGCUGACCGUUGGCGGCCGCAAGGACAGCCAGGGCCAUUACGUCGACGGUCUCGAAUCAUUUCCGGGCUUCGGCCGUCACAAACCGCCCAAAGUACCGCAGGACUGCUUCCCUCAGCAUUGCUACGAGAGAUGCGAGUGCAUGAACAGAUGCCUGGAAACCGAUCUCGGCCAGAAGUGGACGCAGGUCAGGACGUCGGUGCUGGGUGUGGUCGACACGCCCGCCUUCGAGUGGAUCAUACUCGUGCUGAUAUUCGCCUCGUCGAUAACCCUGUGCUUCGAGGACAUCUAUCUCGACGACAAUCCCUUUCUCAAGAACAUCCUCUACUGGACCAAUCUCGGAUUCUGCAUGUUGUUCUGCGCCGAGAUGCUGCUCAAGUGGCUGGCCCUCGGCUAUUGUAAAUACUUUACUAGUUUCUGGACCAUCCUCGACUUUAUCAUUGUUUUCGUAUCCAUAUUUAGUCUGCUGAUCGAAGAGAACGAAAAUCUCAAGGUGCUGCGCUCGCUGAGGACCCUCAGGGCGUUGAGGCCUCUGAGAGCCAUAUCGAGGUGGCAAGGCAUGAGAAUCGUCGUGAACGCCUUGAUGUAUGCCAUACCCAGUAUCUUCAAUGUAUUGCUGGUCUGUCUGGUAUUCUGGCUGAUAUUCUCCAUCAUGGGUGUGCAAUUUUUUGGUGGCAAGUUUUUUAAAUGCCUCGACGAAAACGGCCUCCUUCUCAACGUAUCCGUGGUCGACACGAAGGACGAUUGCUUCAGGCAGAACUACACGUGGGAGAACAGCAAGAUCACGUUCGAUCACGUGGGCCUGGCCUACUUGGCGCUGUUCCAAGUGGCGACCUUCGAGGGCUGGAUGGAGGUGAUGGAGGACGCCGUGGACGCCCGGGGCGUCGAUCUGCAGCCCCAGCGCGAGGCCAAUCUCUACGCCUAUCUCUACUUCGUCAUAUUCAUCGUCUGCGGCUCCUUCUUCACGCUGAAUCUCUUCAUCGGAGUUAUCAUCGAUAAUUUCAAUAUGCUUAAGAAAAAAUACGAGGGUGGAGUGCUAGAAAUGUUUCUGACCGAGAGCCAGAAGCACUACUACACUGCCAUGAAAAAGUUGGGUAGGAAAAAGCCGCAAAAGGUGAUAAAACGACCGAUGAAUCAGAUUCUCGCCAUGUUCUACGAUCUGUCCAACUCGAGAAGGUUCGAGAUAGCCAUCUUCGUGCUGAUAUUUCUCAACAUGCUGACCAUGGGCAUCGAGCACUACAAUCAGCCGCAUCCGAUUUUUUUCGUCCUCGAGGUGUCGAACGCCUUCUUCACGACGGUCUUCGGCCUCGAGGCCAUAGUCAAGAUAAUCGGCCUGCGCCAUCACUACUUCACGGUGCCCUGGAACCUGUUCGAUUUUCUCCUCGUGUUGGCCUCGAUACUCGGCAUACUCAUGGAGGACAUCAUGAUCGACUUUCCCGUCUCGCCGACGCUGCUGCGCGUGGUGCGCGUCUUCAGGAUCGGCCGCAUACUGCGAUUGAUCAAGGCCGCCAAGGGCAUAAGGAAGCUGCUUUUCGCGCUCGUCGUCAGUUUGCCGGCCCUGUUCAACAUCGGCGCGCUACUGGCACUGAUCACGUUCAUCUACGCCAUCAUCGGCAUGUCGGUCUUUGGCCACGUGAGGAAACAGGGUGCGCUCGACGAUAUGGUGAAUUUCGAAACGUUCGGCCGGAGCAUGCAGCUGCUGUUUCGACUGAUGACGUCGGCCGGCUGGAACGACGUGCUCGAGUCGCUGAUGGUGCAGCCGCCCAACUGCGACCCGACGCCGACCAGCCGCAAGCUCAACGGCGACUGCGGCUAUCCGCUGCUGGCCAUCACCUACUUUACGUCGUUCAUCAUCAUCAAUUACAUGAUCGUCAUCAAUAUGUACAUAGCCAUCAUAUUGGAGAACUUCAAUCAGGCGCAUCAAGAGGAGGAGAUAGGCAUCGUCGAGGACGACUUGGAGAUGUUCUACAUCAGAUGGUCCAAGUAUGAUCCGCACGCAACGCAGUUCAUACGCUUCUCGCAGCUGAGCGACUUCAUUGCGAGUCUUGACCCACCAUUAGGAAUAUCAAAGCCCAAUGUCGUGGCGUUGGUGAGCUUUAAUCUUCCUAUUGCGAAGGGUAACAAGAUCCACUGCCUUGAUAUACUGCACGCUCUCGUCAAGCACGUGCUCGGUCACGUCGAGGAGUCGGACGAUUUCAAGAAGCUCCAGGAACAGAUGGAUAUCAAGUUCAAGAAGCAGUUCCCGACGCGCAAGGAGCUCGAAAUCGUAUCUUCCACGAGAAUCUGGAAGCGCCAAGACAAGGCAGCCAGACUCAUCCAGCGAGCUUUCCGCGAUUUUACCGAGAACAAGCGAGAACGAGAGCGGAUCGCGCAGGAAGUGGAUUCGCAGACGCAGACGUCGAGUCCCGGCGGGAUGGGCAGCGACGGUAGGGGCGCGGGCGGCGCCGGCCCUCACGGCUGGGGCGGCAAGCUGUCGGCUCUGCUGCACGUGCAUCGUGGCAGUAGGGCCAGCAGUCGCAAGUCCUCACGGGCCAGUGACGCCAGCGACGCCAGCGAUCUUGGCCAAGCGUCGGCCAUGUUCUUCCAAAAUUUCCCGCUGCUGAUGCUCUCCGGCGCCACCGGUACCCACGAGGACCUGCAGCCCCCCGCCCUCACCGUCUCGCGUGCCUCGCCGACGGCCGAUCCUGCCGCUGUCGCUGCAGCUGUCGCCGAGCUACAAGCCCAGAACACGAGUCGAACUUUGGGCCGUCAAGACGCCGUGGACCCGGACGAGGACGCAGCCGCGGCGGCCCAAGGCUCUCCACCAGCAGCAGCCGCCGCCUCCAGCAGCCAGAACUCGACACUCUCGCGCAAGCGUCACUCGCUGCGCCCGAGCGGCACGACCCUGUCGCUCAACGUACUGCAGCGCGACAUCAAGGAGGCGUUCACGCGGCGCUGCAGCAGCCUGCGUAGACGGCCGGCGCCUCGACCGCCGCUGACCCAGGCCGUGUCGACGGUCGCCGACGCGAGCGGCCGCAGCGAGUCGGUCAGCAUACUGGUCACCGAGCCGAGUCCCGAGGGUGGAGGCCCCGGCCGGCCACCGCUGCUGCGCCAGCAGUCCGAGGCCAGCACCGUCGUGCACGUGCUGGUGCAUCGCGAGAGCGAGGAGUACCGGGAGGUGCACGACGAGCAGGACGAGGACGAGGCCGCUGCCGCCGCCGAGGCUGCGCUUGGCUCCUCGGAGCACCGGUCGAAACAAGCAGGCGACGACGAUCACGGGGCCAGCUGAUCGAGAUAAAGCGGCGCCGCUGCUGGCGACUUUUUCUAAAUGUUACGCGUACUCGAUCGAGCGCUGCGCUAUAAAUAUUAUAAAUAAAUAUUGUAUGUCUCCUCGUUGCGGACGUUUCGUUAUUUUUUGUGCGGGUGGGAAUUACGCGGAUUUUUUGGCCUUUCGUCUUUCUUUUUUUUUUUAGUGUUUCAUCGCGUGGGAUCGUACGGAAUGUUUAUAAUAACGAUUACCUUCCCAAAUUUCACGGUGAUAGAGGGUAGAUUUUAACAUAUGUAAUAUUGAUACACAGAGCGUAUCACAAUGAGUAAGCAAUCAUCGUACGCAUACCUAGAAGUACUAUUUUUCACUACGUAUAGAUAAAAUGAUAUAAAAAACAAUGAAGCUGAAAAUAUCGACGGUUUUUUCAAACAACUGCGCGAGGGUGUAGGGCGAUUAUCGUGUGAAAUUUUUAGAAAGCUCAGUUACACAUUUUCUUAAGCGUGUUAAAUGGUGUAUUAUUUCUUGAAAAAAAAAAAAGAUGUGACGACAAUUUUGCAUACUUUGGACUAUUUUUUAGCUCCUUUUAUAUAAAUAAAAAGCGUUUCUCUAUAAUCGUACAGUCACUUCUGCGUCGUGUACGAGGAAGACUACAUCGACUGCGUGCUCGACAAAACAAUGUAUUCUUAGAUCCUUAUUAAAAGAAAGCAAAAGAGAGCAACACCCAUGAACAAAUAUAUCCAAUUAUGCCUUUCGGGUAAUUUAGUCUAAACACUUUUUCUACGAGUAAGGCCGAGCUUUUACCUGCGGUUUUUGACUCUUUCUAACUAUACAAAAACGAUAAUUUAAUUAAAUUUGUCUAUAGCGAAACGAUUUUCAACAGAUUUAUGAUUUUUAAAGAAGAACAAUAGCAAAAGAGUGUGAAUAAAAAUUACCUCUAUAAAUUCAAGAAUUACAUCUAUGAUAUUAACAUUACGCAUAUAGUGAUAAUAUGUUUGUAAAUUAAUUUAACUUAUAAUUCGCAUGACGUGAUGUUGGCAAUCAAGGCUGACAUCUCGAGAUAACAUAAACAAAAAUAGACGAUAAUAGGCAUGUUAUAAAUUCUAAAUACAUUGUGAAGCCUCUACUUUCACUUCUAAAGCAUAAAUUUAGAUGGAAAAAAAUUUGAAAAAAAUUCAUGUAAUCUAAUAAAUAGUUAUGAGUUCGUGCGUCAGUUUCAUGAGUAUAUAGAAAAACAAAACAAUCCAACGAAGUUUCGCACGCAAAAUAUACGAAAAAAUUACAAACAUUUUUACUUGUAAAUAUCAUUAGCUGGUAACGGUGGAAAUGGCGCUGUAACAUCGUCUAUUUCGUUGGACUUGAAGAAAAAACAGUUGAAAAAUAAAGUACUGCCUGAGAUGUUGAAAAUUCAUAAACUUGUUAAGUUGCGCAUGUGUAUAGAUUUUUGCUGGGCGUUUUAGAUAGUUAGAGUUUUUAAUCAACAAAAUAUACUUAUAUGAAUAUAGGAAAAUUAAAAAAUUGUAAAAAAGAACAAACUCGCGCGUAAUCGAUGCAUUAACACAAAAAAUGCCCGAAUACAAGCGAUUAUAACGAUAAAAAAGAAUUACUGUAUUAGUUUUUUGUAAAGAAAACUUGAAAUUAUAUGUGUGACGCAUGAAAAUACUUCGAACCCCCAAUGAAAUUCCUAUAUCUCCCUUCUUUCUAUACACAAAACAAUACAAUUUUGUCGUAUUGAUAUCAUAUAAAAAUAAUACUUGGCUUCGCGCGAUUAUGAAUCGACGCCCGGAAAAUAAAAAUAAGUGAAGAAACGUAAUACAGGAAUCUUUCAAAAAAAAGCUUCGCUAAUUAUAGCGUCGAGACGAGGCCCCUCCCGAAGUGUCGCCUUAAAUAACAUUACGCGCGUUACACAUAAAUAAGCUAACACACACACGAUGUAAAUAGGCAAAAAAUAAUGAUUAGUAAUCGUAAAUAAACUGAAUUAAAUAAGUCAAUUAUUGAGUAAUAUGAUGCGUCUCAUCAUCAUGCGUUUGAUAACACAGUAUAAUAAUUACGUGUCGCGCAACAAUAAACUACUAGAAAAUGGAGAGAAAGAAAAUAUAAAGAGGGUAUAACGAGUACAUUAUUAAACUUAAAAUCUUCUUAAUAAGCAAAAUUAAUAAAAAAAAAUAUCGCGGAACGAUUGCGUGACAAACUGGUUAAUAUCUUUUGUUAAAAUCGUUCGUUUUAUUUUUCUAUAUAAAUAAAUAAAUGACCCAAUUCAUUAUUUUCUCAUUAAAUAUCGCUUUGAUCUCGAAACGCAAUUCAUAUUUGUAGCACGUAAAUUUUUUAACUAUCGUUGCUGUAUGAGAAAUAAAUAAUAAAGAAAAUAAAUUCUGGGAUGCAAAAAGAAGGCAGAAACUGUACAAUCAUUUAAAUCAUGUAAUAAAAUUUAAAAAAAAAAGUGAAUAAAUAUAUUAUAUAAAAUUACGAGUAAUAUUUAAAUUUUAAAUAAAAAACGAUAGUUAGACAAGAGUGAAUAAAAAAAAAUUUCUUUCGAGGAAAAAUGUGCAUGAACAUGAGGAUGAUUGCUUGAAUGGUCUGAUACGUGUUUUUGUUUCGCUUCGACAUGUGUGUGCAUCGACGAUAAUCGCACACGUUGCGAUGUGCUCGAUUUUUUUAAUACGAAAUAUACAAGUGUACCUAUAGGGUUAUCGACCCAGUGAUUGACCAGAACCCAGAAAAUGACCAUUUUGUAAAAUACGUCGUUGAAAACAAUUAGAAAUUAUAAUACAAAAGUAAGGGUUUCAAAUUAAAUUUUUUAGCGAGUAGUGCCUUUUAUUUUUUAUUAUCAUGUAACAAGGAAAAAGAUUGAUUAUUGGAUAUCCAAAAAUUGUCAUUCACUGGUAUGGUCGAAAGAGGUCAAUUACUGGGUAAAAUAUCCUAUACUUGAACAACAUGUGAAAAAAAUGCAUUGACUGCCACCUUAUCGCGCCGACGGAAUUUGAAUAUAAAUAAUCGUAUAGGAACCCCUAAAAGUUUCGUUACAUAAUUUUAAGAUUUAUUAUUAUUUUUUCACACUUCGAAUAUGCCUCAACUACUUUAUGAAUAAAUAAAUAAUUAAAGAAAAACUAUCAUUGACGUUAACCAACGAAAUUAUAAAUCGAUGUGAACUUUAUCGUAAAAUGAAAAAAAAAUUGACAAUAUAUCAUGUUAGUGUUGAAUUUGAGAUAAUAUUUAGCAAGUAUGAGGGAAAAUGAAAAAAAUUCCACAUAAUUUUAAAAUUUCUGUCUUUGUUUCGUUAUGUUAUCUUUAAAAAUAGAUGAAUCGCUGACUAUCAUGAGUAUACGAAACACACGUUAAAUUUUUAUUUUAAAACUAAAAGUAAAAUUACGUUACACAUUCGGAAAGUCUACAGACGCAGAAGCACAAAUAAAAUCACGCAAUACUAUUUUGCAACACGAUGUGCAUUAUAAUUAUGAAAAAAAUAAAAAAAAUAAAUAAAUGACAACAAAAAUUCAAAGGCCUACUAAUAUUAUCGGAUGACAACUGUAAGUUGAAUAAUU